GGACAGCCUAUACUUGGAAGUAUCAUGGAAAUUGAUGACGAGAAUAUGCAUAUUAAAUUUUCAGAAUACGCAGAACAAUAUGGUGAAAUAUACCAAGUUAAACUACUUUUUGAUAAAUUUAUAGUGUUGAAUAGUGAGCGGGUUAUUAGAAAAUCUUUCGGAGGUGAUAAAUAUAAGCACAUUUUUAAUGAUCGAUCUGAGUUAUUUUACGGAAAACACUUUGCUUGCAAUAGCAAAGCUUUAGGUUUUGUGGUUGAUGGGACAGGACAGUUUCAUAGAACUGCAAGGAAACAUGUUAUGCAAGCUUUGCAUGCCUAUGGAAGUGGACUACUGGAUUUAGAGAAUAACGUCAUGACUGAAUUAUCUAAUUUACGUACGAGAAUUGAGGAUGAGAAUAUUUUUGAAUGUGUUUCCUUAAUAUUUCAGUCUAUCUCAAAUGUUCUGUCACUGAUGUUGAUUGGUGAACCACUUCUAGACGAUGAAAAAGAAAAGAACAUGUUCCUGGAUGAAAUACACGUUUCAAUUCUUAUGUAAACUUCAUAAUGUCAGUGUUACCGUUUGUACGAUAAAUGCCUGGAAGGUACAAAAACGAAUUCGUAAAAGCAAAGGCUGUUAAUGCAAAAAUUGUCAAGAAAUAUUUUCACGAUGUGAAGAGAUCAUUCGUUAGAGGAAAAGUCCGUGGUAUCGUAGAUGUAUUUCUCGAGGAACAGAAUCAACAAAAAGAGGGUGGAGCGGACGUUUUCUUUACGGACGAUACAAUUAUAGCACAAGUGAUUGACAUAAUAGAUGGGGGAAUCACAACAACUUGGUCAGUUCUUUCAAAUACAAUGUUGAUAUUACUGAAUUAUCCACAACAUCAGAAGCUGCUUUAGAAUGAGUUUGACAGGGAAAUUGGAAGACAGCGACUUCCGACAUUUAAAGACAGAAGUAAUUGCUCUUUUUUC